GGGAUUUACAUAGCUCGGUUACGACGGUGGGUGUACAAGACAAGUAUCGGUCAUUCUCUAUAAAUAGAAGCUAAUAUAAUAAUUCGACUGUAAUCCGCCAUAUUUACAGCGGAGAGGUGCUAAGGAGAUUUUUACUCAGGUGUUGCUGUGGUAAAAUAAUUCAAGAUUAAGCGGUCUGGUUCUCCCGUGAUCAACUCUACCCCAGUCAAGAUGCCCCCUUUGGGCCCUGGUGACCUCAAGAAAGAGGUCAAGGACCAGGUGGAAAAAAACAAAGUCAUGAUCUUCAGCAAGACAACCUGUCCUUUCUGUGCCAAGGUGAAGGAUUUGUUCAAAUCCCUAAACCAGGAAUAUGGGGUAACAGAAUUGGAUAAGAUAGCCAACGGGGCUGAAAUACAAAAUAUAUUGCUGGAAGAAACUGGACAAAGAACUGUGCCAAAUGUGUUUAUCAAUGGUAACCACCUGGGAGGUUGUGAUGAUACACUUAAAGCACACAAGAAUGGUAGCCUACAGGCGAUGCUUCAAGAGGCUACCAACUAUGACUAUGAUCUUAUUGUGAUAGGUGGAGGCUCCGGAGGUUUGGCUGCAUCCAAGGAGGCAGCAUCACUGGGGAAGAAGGUUGCUGUGUUUGACUUUGUAAAGCCAACACCAAUGGGGACAACUUGGGGUCUGGGAGGCACAUGUGUUAAUGUUGGAUGUAUUCCCAAAAAGUUAAUGCACCAGGCAGCUAUUCUAGGUCAAAGUCUAGUGGAUGCUAAACAUUUUGGAUGGGAAGUUCCAGAGAAAGUUGAACACAAUUGGGAAACAAUGAGAAAUGCAAUUCAGGAUUACAUCGGCUCUCUCAACUGGGGAUAUAGGGUUCAACUUCGUGAUAAAAAAGUGGACUACCAGAAUUCAUAUGCCGAGUUUAUUGAUAACCACACAAUCAAGGGGGUCAACAAGAAGGGGAAGGAGGUGACAAAGACAGCUCGAGAUUUCAUCGUAGCUGUAGGGGAAAGACCACGUUACCCUGAUAUACCAGGCGCAAAGGAGUACGGCAUCACCAGUGAUGACCUGUUUUCCUUGAGCUACUGCCCGGGAAAAACCCUGCUUGUCGGAGCCUCCUAUGUGUCACUCGAGUGUGGAGGAUUCCUCCAUGGCAUUGGACUAGACGUCACAGUGAUGGUUCGGUCCAUUCUGCUCAGAGGCUUCGAUCAGCAGAUGGCAAACAGGAUUGGAGAUUACAUGGAAGCCAGUGGCAUCAACUUCAUCCGACCAUGUGUCCCAACUAAGAUAGAGAAACUGGAAGAUGGCCAGCCCGGAAAAUACAAGGUGUAUGGCAAAUACUCUGAUGGGACGGAGUACAGCGAUACAUUCAACACUGUGAUAUUUGCCAUUGGCAGAGACCCUGUCACAUCCACGAUUGGAUUUGACAAAGUUGGUGUCAAACUCAACAAGAACGGUAAAGUUAUUGCUGAUGAAAAUGAAGCUACUAACGUGUCCAACAUCUAUGCAAUUGGUGACAUACUGGAAGGCAAACUAGAGCUCACACCAGUAGCGAUACAGGCAGGCAAACUCCUGGCCCGUCGACUCUACAACAACAGCAAAGUUCUGACGGACUACAUCAAUGUAGCCACAACAGUUUUUACGCCUCUGGAAUAUGGUUCCAUAGGCUACUCGGAGGAGGCUGCAAUAGAGAAGUUUGGCGAGGCAAAUAUAGAGGUGUACCACACAAACUUUUGGCCGCUGGAAUGGACUGUGGCCAAGAGAGAGGAAAAUGUCUGCUAUGCUAAAAUUAUCUGUCACAUUCCUGACAAGGAACGAGUGGUGGGAUUCCAUGUUUGUGGACCAACUGCAGGGGAGAUAACUCAGGGCUACGCAUUGGGAAUAAAACUUGGUGCAACCAAGAAAGACCUGGACGACACAAUAGGGAUACAUCCUACUUGUUCCGAACAAUUUACCACCUUGAAUGUGACGAAGAGGAGUGGAAAGACGAUAGAUCAAGGUGGUUGCUGAGGUUAGAUCCUGCUGCUGUCUACCUAAACAUUAGACCCAGAAGUUCUCUGUAAACUCACAUCACAUGCUGGUUCCAGUGGCUGCCCUCGACUCCUGGUUACUUUGGAGUGUGGAGAAACUGUGUAUCCAUUUCUGUGACUUUGCACAAGUUAAUCUUACUGGACAUCAAUAGACAUGACAUGGAAAAACAUUUUACAAUAGUCGAACAUUGUAAACAAAAACGAUAGACAUUUGUCGGUAGGCACAUGUUUUAAUCAUGCCACUGGAUUUUGAUUAUGACUUCAUUGUGUUUUGUUUUUUCAAGCCAUUGGAAAAUUUGAUGUGAUAGAGAUACUCUGGUCGUGUUUAGACAGCAGCAGGGUUUUUGUCAAGAGUAGUACUUUCCUGUAGUGUACUUGUGUGGUACAUGGAUGACGGACAAGUCUACAAUCCCAACUUGGGACGGACUUGACCUGAAGAUACUGGUCAGUACAGCUCAAACCAUUUGUGUCCUAGGUUCAUGUACUAAGGGAUCCAGGUUUAAUUGCCAUUUUUUAAUGAUUAUUUUUUCAGUGUUUUUUUAUUUCCCAUUUCUUAAUUUUCAACAGUUUAACAACGACUUGAAAAUGGAAAUUUUCAGGUGUUGAAUUGUGUAUUGAAAAUGAUUGAAAAUUGAUAUCUGCACAAAGUAGUUAUGUAAGAAUUUCUUACAAAAACCUACCUUGAUAUCACUAUUCAUCUUUCCAAUACGUAUAGUUUUGUUUAAGUUUGAGUUUAGAAUUUUUCACACAACAUAUCAUAUUUGUUUCAUUAACAGGAGCUGUGUUGUUCGUUCAAUUACCAAAUUAAUUUUCUUUAGACUUGUGAAAGAGAAACAUUGAGCUAGAGUGACGGGUUCAGGUGACUUUGCUUUUAAACAGAGACUAUCAUUUGAUCAACUGAAGACAUUUCUGAACAUAAAAAAAAAACAUUUUCAAAAUUGCCUGAAAUAAUACAGAACAGAUUUAAAAUCCAACAAAAAUAAAAUAAAUAGAAGUUGCAAGAAAAUCUGAAAUGUGUAAGUAUUCACGUUUCACAUAUCUAAGAAUAAAGUGGAGUUUCUACAGACAACCAGCAGUUUACCAUCAAUUUUUUUCCUUUAUUAGUUUACUUUGAAUUGUGCUUAAAGGCACAUAGACCAAUCUUGUACUUAAUAUUGUAUAACGAUAUGAUUGAUCGUGUUUUACUGUCCAGGCAUAUAUUAAAGAGGUAUCAAAUUACAUUUGGAUUGCCUUAUAGCAAAAAAAGUGUAAUCCGAUUUGUAGUUUAUGAAGUGCUAUAUAAUAUCAGUGCUAACUUCUAAUUGUAAACAUCAUUGCUUUCAAAUUCUUUUAUAGAAUAAACAAUAUGAGCCAAUUAUCCAAACUUCCAUUGACUUCUGUUGAUCCCAAUAAACAGCAUGGGGUGAUACUUCACCACAUAAAGGCUACAAGGCUAGAGUCAUUCAAACAAGAGAUAAUCAGUAGUUAGUGACAAAUGCUAGAACCAAAUCAAACCAGAUUUUAGACAUAAUUUGUUAUUGAGCAGCAGUAGAUGUGUUGAGACAGGACAUAUUUAGAGUUCUAAUUAGGCCUUUUAAUCUCGUGUUCUUUCAGUGAUCAAACAAAAAAAAGAAUUAUUCACUAACCACCGGUUAACUCUAUGUAACCUUUGAGUAACCGCGGCCAGAUUGACUGCAGGAUUUUAGAAUAUUUUCUUUGUGUUGUACUGGGGUUGGAUAGUUGGCUCUCUGCUGCAAUAUCUAGGGUGUGAAUGUUUAGGACAUUAUAGCAUUAAAAGGUGGGAAUUCUCUCCUUUAUCAAAUCUACUGUUUAGCAUUAGAAGGGGGGAAUUCUCUCCAUUAUAAAGUCUACUGUUUAGCAUUAGAAGGGGAGAAUUCUCUCCAUUAUUAAGUCUACUGUUUAGCAUUAGAAGGGGGAAUUCUCUCCAUUAUAAAGUCUGCUGUUUAGCAUUAGAAGGGGAGAAUUCUCUCCAUUAUAAAGUCUGCUGUUUACUCAGUUUGACUUGGUCUAACACAUGUCAGUUGUUGGUUGUGAUUGAACUUGUAUCAUUUUCCCCUGUCUCUUAAUGUGCUACAUCAUGUACAGGCACAAUAAACAUUAUGGUGAUGUUGA